CCACGCUUUUUGUCAACUAAGGAUGCCGGCUUAUGACCGCACCAAAGGCAACACCUUCCCACCCUUUGCGCCAAUGGCAACGGAUACCAGCUUCCAUCGAGGCGUGAGAGCCCCUUGAACUGCAGAUACGACGCGGCGCGAAACACGUAUAAACUCUGAGGCGUCCCGGCAAGAACUUGAGACCGUGCAAGCCUUUGACUCACAUCAGGCUGGUAUUGUUGACCUGGACUUCAUCGUUAUAUUUUUCUUGCUAUUUGCGGACUUUUGUCGUUAUACCCUUGGCAGGAUCUGUUGCCGCUAUAGGUAUAUCCACGGGACACCACACUAUCCAGCUAGUCGACACUCUUCGAGGCCGUCUCUCAUUCAUCAUCUCAUCAUCUUAUCCUCUACUUUCACAAAGACCAAGCAUGUCUUCAGAAGCCAACAAGAAGACAGCUCAGCCAGACGGCGGAGACGUCAUCCGGACACAGACCGACUUGGAGGACGGCAGCAUGGAGAAGCUCAAGCACGGGGAAGUCGACCCGGCCCUCGCCUUCGUCAACGGCGAGCAGGUCGUGUUCACGCCCGAGGAGGAGAAGCAAGUCCUGUGGAAGAUCGACAAGGCCAUCUUGCCGCUCCUGAUGUGGAUCUACGCCCUGCAGUUCGCCGACAAGACGUCCCUCAACUACGCCUCCCUGAUGGGCAUCCGCGAGGACACCAAGCUGGACCCGACGAGCCAGCAGUACAGCUGGGCGUCCAGCAUCUUUUACGCCGGUUACCUUUUGUGGGAGUUCCCCACGACGUACCUCCUCCGACGUCUCCCGCUCGGGAAAUACACGUCGGCCAACAUUAUCCUCUGGGGCGUCGUCCUGAUAUGCCACGUCUUCGCCUUCAACUACGCCGGACUCCUCUCGGUCCGCUUCUUCCUCGGCGCCCUCGAGGCCACCGUGACGCCGGCCUUUGUCAUCCUGACGUCGGCCUGGUACAAGCAGAACGAGCAGGCCAAGCGUAUGGGCUACUGGCUCAGCUGCAACGGCGUCGCGCUCCUGACGCUGGGACCCAUCGCCUACGGCCUCUCGGGCGCGCACAACACGGUCCUGGCGACGUGGAAGGUCCUCUACCUCGUGCUGGGCCUGCCGACCGUCGUCACGGGCGUCUACUGCUGGUGGUUCAUGCCGGACAACCAGACCAACGCCCGGUUCCUCACCCACCGCGAGAAGUCCAUCGCCAUCGAGCGCAUCCGCGGCAACUUCCAGGGCAUCGGCAGCCGCCGGUGGAAGUGGGACCAGUUCCGCGAGGCCUUCCGGGACCCGCGGACGUACCUCUACGUGCUCUUCUCGCUGCUGAUGAACAUCCCCAACGGCGGCAUCACCGCCUUCGGCUCCAUCAUCAUCAACUCCUUCGGCUUCAGCCCGCGCCUGUCGCUGCUGCUCAACAUGCCCACGGGAGUCGUCGACAUCACCUGCAAGCUGCUCUUCACCUACCUCUCGGACCGGCUCAUGGACCGCUCCCUCUUCGCCUUCAUCGCCAUCCUCAUCCCCAUGGUCGGCGGCAUCAUGAUGAUCGCCAUCCCGCUCUCGGCGCAGGGCGCGCUGCUCGUGGGCUACUACCUCAUCGGCGCCGCCGGCUCCUCGUGGUGCCUCGUCAUGGUCAUGAUCUCCAACAACACGCUCGGCUACACCAAGAAGGCCACCGUCAACGGCCUGCAGAUCCUCGCCUACGGCGCCGGCAACUGGAUCGGCCCGCAGACGUUCCGCUCCAACGAGGCGCCCAACUACCACAACGGCAAGCUGAUGGUGGCCAUCAUGUACGGCCUCGCCGCGUGCACCAUCGUCGCCAUCCGCCUCGUCAACAUCUGGGAGAACAAGCGACGGGACAAGAAGGCCGUCGAGGAGCCCGAGACGUCCAUGGCCGGGACCGAGUUUAUGGACCUGACGGACUUUGAGCAGCCCAACUUCCGUUACGUGCUUUGAUGAGUUGGGGUGGGUGAAGGUGAGAGUGGACAGAAUUGGUGGGAGAUCUUUUUGGGUUGGGAAGACGUCUUGUCUUGUAUUUUUUCGUGUGUGUUUUCGAGUGUUCUAGCUAAAGAUACCUACGGUCUGAGCUGGAAUACAGCUUGUACAUCAAACUGGUAGCAAAGAUGAAGGGAUAAUCUAUGAAGUUGAUAUUGCCUGUUGUAGGAACGUGGUGUUUGUCAUAGUAAUUUGUGAUGAA